AUGGCUGUUUGCCCUUCUUUAUCCUCUCCAGCUGCUUCCAACUUCCAAUUCUCCUCCCAUACUUGCUCGAUGAUUAAGCUACCAAUUUCUUCAAAAUCUCUGAAGCCAUGUGGGCCUCCGGCGAUCGGACGGCCUGUCAUCACCGCUGCCCUAUCUGAAAGGCCGGCCGUGACUCACCCCCCGCCGGCGCCGGGAAAAUCCUCUCAGCUGACGAUCCGGAAAGUUCCGGGAGAGUGGGGAAUCCCUUUAAUUGGGCCAUGGAAAGACAGGCAGGACUACUUCUAUAACCAGGGCAGAGACGAGUUCUUCAAAUCGAGAAUCCACAAAUACCAAUCCACCGUCUUCAGAACCAACAUGCCGCCGGGACCCUGCAUUUCCUUCAAUCCAAACGUCGUCGUUUUGCUCGACGGCAAGAGUUUUCCCACUCUUUUCGACACCGACAAGGUCGAGAAGAAAGACCUCUUCACCGGAACUUACAUGCCCUCCACCGACCUCACCGGCGGCUACAGAAUGCUGUCCUACCUCGACCCCUCCGAGCCGAGCCACGCCAAGCUCAAGAAGCUCAUGUUCUUCCUGUUAUCCUACCGGCGGGAUCACGUGAUCCCGGAGUUUCAAAACACCUACUCGGAGCUUUUCGAGGGCCUGGAGAAUGAACUCGCCACCACCGGGAAAGCCAGCUUCGGCGCCGCUAACGAUCAGGCGGCGUUCAAUUUCUUGGCCCGGUCGUUUUACGGCGUGAACCCGGUCGACACAAAGCUCGGGUCAGACGGGCCGGGCCUGGUGAGUAAAUGGGUCCUGUUUCAGCUGCACCCAUUGCUGAGUCUUGGCCUGCCCAGACCCAUCGAAGAUGGCCUUCUCCAUACAUUUCCUCUGCCGCCAUUCUUGAUCAAGAAAGACUACCAGCGUCUCUACGAUUUCUUCUACCAAAACUCUUCUCCGAUCCUCGAUCAAGCCGAGAAGGUCGGCAUUUCCAGAGACGAGGCGUGCCACAAUCUCAUAUUCACCACGUGCUUCAAUUCCUUCGGCGGGAUGAAGAUCUUCUUCACCAACAUGCUCAAAUGGGUCGGCCGGUGCGGCGCCAAGCUCCACGCCGACCUCGCCGGAGAAAUCCGAUCCGCCAUCAAAUCCAACGGCGGCAAGCUCACCAUGGCCGGGAUGGAGCACAUGCCGUUGAUGAAAUCUGUCGUCUACGAGGCCCUCCGCAUCGAGCCGCCGGUCCCCUCCCAGUACGGCAGAGCCAAACGCGAUUUCCUGAUCGAAUCGCACGACGCCGCCUUCAAGAUCAAGGAAGGCGAAAUGCUCUACGGAUUCCAGCCCUUCGCGACCAGAGACCCCAAGAUCUUCGACCGCGCCGAGGAGUUCGUCCCCGGCCGGUUCAUCGGCCCCGACGGGGAGAAGAUGCUGAAGCACGUCCUCUGGUCCAACGGACCGCAGAACGAAAGCCCCACCGUCGACAACAAGCAGUGCGCCGGCAAGGACUUCGUCGUGCUCGUCUCCAGGCUGCUUCUGGUCGAGCUUUUCCGGCGCUACGACUCGUUUGACAUCGAGGUCGCCGCGUCGCCGUUAGGCGCCUCCGUCACCAUAACGUCACUGAAACGAGCUACUUUCUAGACAUGGCCGAUUUAGGGUUCUUCAUUUUCUACUUUUAGUACCAAAUAGGAGCUACUUUUCCCUGUAGAGGUUUGCUAAAUUUAGUUCGACGACGGCCCCCACUGUCUGUAUAAUGACAUCCUACAAUCCCAAAUACCAUAUAUUGUCCAAAGUUUUAUCA